AUGACCAACGCUGGCGAGCAGACCACUCCGCCUGCUCAGGCUGAAGGCGAGCCGAUCAGCUAUCACGACGUCUUUGGUAAGAAGCCGCCCCCGCGCGAGCUGUUCGAGUCGGUCGUGGGCUCGCUGGAGGACUUCAAGGCGCAGCCCAUCAGUGUUCCCGCCCCUCCGCCACCUGGCGAGGUCCCGUACACGGACGCGAACGUGCGCAACGGUUUGAACGGGUGGCAGGACCAGGUCAACAAGCACGCAAGAGACAGUCACGGCCAGCCCUUCAUCGAUUCGACUAUCAAUCACUCGCUCGAGGCGCAGGCCAAGGUGGACGAGGAGCGCAAGAAGCGAUACCGCGGUCGUCACACUGAGCGUGUGCAGGUCCCUGCUGCCGAUGCGUUCAAGAUCGGCGAUCCAAACAGUGGCUGGGUAGAGCCGCUGACGUGCAUUCGCGACUUCGACGAGUGA